AACUCUGCUUACAAGAUGUUUCCAUUGUCUGAUUCUCAAAAACAACCAAAGUAUGGUUUGUAAAACCGAUUUGGUUAUACUUGGCAUCUCUAUCGGUGUGGCUGCUGGCGUUCUUAUAGCAUCGCUCAUACUCUUUGGCAUUUGUUGGUACAAGAAACCUGCUCAUCUUCCCCGCAAUGCAAAUGAGUGUUCUAUUGCUACCCUUCCUAUACGAGAAAAUGGUUUGGGUACAAGCAUUGAGUCAAGUGCAUCUCUUUCAAAUUCUGUAAUUAUCAAGAGAUCAGAUUAUCUUGCCAGAAAACCUCAAAACUCCUGGUGGAUUAAUCAUAGUAAAGGUCGAUUUGGUUCAGCUUCUGGACUACCAAGAUACUCUUACAAAGACAUUCAGAACGCAACCCAGAACUUCACAACUAUUCUAGGACAGGGCUCUUUUGGUCCAGUGUAUAAAGCUGCAAUGCCAACUGGUGAACUGUUUGCUGUAAAAGUUCUUGCUUCCGAUUCUAAACAAGGGGAAAAAGAGUUUCACACAGAGGUUUCUCUGCUUGCUAGGCUGCAUCAUCGGAAUUUGGUGAAUUUAGUUGGAUAUUGUGUUGACAAAGGACAGCGAAUGUUAGUUUAUGAGUUCAUGAGCAAUGGAAGCUUAGAAAACCUUCUUUAUGGUAAGUUAAUUGUUUUUAAACUUGUUAAAACCGACUUUUCUAUUCACUUGAUACAAGUAUCCAUGCCUUUGUUUUUCUAAAAUGACUCACGAAUUGACAUUUAUAUGAAAUUAAGAGAUUUAUCAAUGAGCUCUGCCAUAUUUCUUGAACUAAUAGAUUAUAAGGUAAACAUAUAUUUGCUAAUCUGUGCAAUCUUUGUUAUCUCGUUGUGAAAAAGAAGGAACAAAAUGGAGGAAAAGAUGGAUGUUGAAUGAUUCUUGAAAGAUCUGUUACUUCCAUUAAAUGCACUUACAUUACUAAGCCUUCUUAUUUCAAUGAAUUUUAAAAGGUCAGUUCCGAUUUUAAAGUCAUAAAGCUCUUUAGAGGAUAUUAGAACGGUUGCCUGAAAUAAAUUUAACUGCCGAAUGUGAUGAAAUUUUUUGUUAUAUAGUGAUAUUUAACAAAUUUAAUGAAAAUAAUAUAUAUUGCUGUGAGUUUGUAUAGCAUUUCUUCUAGAAAAAUUGAUCUAAAAUACCUCCUGUUCGUUGCAAGUUUUUAUGGAUUAUUUAUUCACUGAAUUUUAAUCAAG